UUGAGAUAUUUUUGGGACAAAAUGUUGUCCCUAAAAUCUCCACAUUUUGUCGCGUUGGCACUUUUGGUGCUUUAUGCGAAUAGUGAAAUCGUUAGGGCUGAUAGUUACAGAUCCAAUGUCUGGCAUGAUGGUCCUAUCAAUUGUUACACCUGUGAUAGCGAGGAGGAAUGUUCUGCGAGUAAAGGCAGCAUUCACAAAUGCGAAAAUAAUGAUGAUCAAACCUGUGUGAUAGUUUUCAAUGAGGACGGUGUGGUCUCUCAACGAGGUUGCAGCGAUAAAAUUGCCUCAUCUCAAUACAGUAGCUACUGUAGUAAUAAUGCAGACAAGUGUUUAGCAUGUUCAUCGAGUGGCUGCAAUGGAGCCACAUCACUCGAUCAAUACUCUGAGUGUGUAAUGUGUGACUCAAGCUUGGACAAAAACUGUGUGCUUAACCCAACUGAAGUUACUACCAAGACACUGUGCUAUGGCGGAUGCAUGACUGCUUUGUAUCCCACUAGCAAUGCUAGUAAUCCCACCUACAACUUGGUUCGAUCCUGCCUAAAUGACAAAGAUAUCGAUGAACAAUUAACUUGCCAAGACGGCACAAAUGCAAAAUGUGUUGGAUGUUCCAGUGGGGCGAAUUGCAAUACAGAUGCUCUGCCCGAACAAAGGCAUUCAUGUUAUCGCUGCUUGGGUGAGGAUUGUGAAGAUCCACAGCCAGAGGAAUGUGUUGCCUUCAAGGAAGGCGACAAAUGCUUUAUGCGUUUCGAGGUUGGUAACAAUGACGCCAUUGAGUUGGGAUGUUUGUCUGAUUUCGAAUCAGAGGAAGCAAUCAUUGAGCAGGUAAAGCUAAAAGCAUUGCUCAUUUGCGAAGGCAUUGAUUGCAAUGGCUUUGAGAAUCUACCCAAAAUAUACGAGUGUAACCGGUGCUCUUCUACUAACGCGGAAGACUGCGCCACAAACCCCACGGCAGUUACAACGCAAGCAAGGUGCACUUCUAUGCCAUACACUCAAUGCUAUCAGCGUGUACAUGGAACAUCCACAGAACGUGGUUGUCUCUCUGAAUUAAGUGGCGACGAAUUCUAUAACUGUUUGACCAAUGCUGAUGACAAGUGCAAAGCUUGUGUAGGCAGCAGCUGCAAUGAUGAGAUAAUCCCUAGCGAUCGUUUACGUUGUCAACGCUGCGAUUCUGAUUCUGAUUCUUCCUGCCACAAUGCUCCAGCUUCGGCCUCAAUAUGUCCCUCGUACAAGGACGGUGAUGCUUGCGUUGCUCUCUAUGAAAAUGGAGUCACCAAACGCGGUUGUCAGACAGACUUUUCAUGCGACGCAAAGUCCAAGAAUUGCCAAGUUUGCUCCACAGACAGUUGCAAUACAGCCAAUGUUAAGAAACGCGUUGACGAACUCUAUGCCAUUUUCCAAGAUGUCCCCCUCAACUGCAACACUUGCACGGGAGAUGAAUGCCAAACUGAUGCCCGAAACCCCAGGAAAUGCGAAGGUGAUAUAUACCAGGAUUGCUUGACUGUCUUCGAUACCAAUGGUCAGGUAAUAGAACGCGGUUGCGAAAAUUCGGUGCUAGAAAAACACCAAGCACACUGUGAAGAAAGCCCCGAGUUGUGCUUCAACUGCAAGUCCAAUGGUUGCAACGAUAUGACUGAUCAUGAGCAAUGGCAAGAAUGUUUAUACUGUGAUGCCUCCACCAAUCCAGACUGUUUGUUUAAUCCCUCGGCCAUUACAAAGACCAGAAGGUGUACGCAGGGCUGUGUGUCUUCUCUGUACCCCCGCAAAAGGGAUCCCACAGUUUACGACUUUGUUCGCACCUGCUUUGAAGAUAUUGAGCCAGAUGAUCGUGACGACUGCAAAGAUACCAACAAUUGCGUCAAAUGUCUGGACAACAACUGUAACACAGACAUAUUACCAGAGGAGGGUCGUCUCUCAUGCCUUCAUUGCAGUGGCCCAGAUUGCGAUGUGCCCCAGGAAAAACUUUGUCAAGGCUUCACAUCAGAUGAUCAGUGCUAUAUGUACUUCGAUAAUAUCACAUUUAGCGUGGUUCGCAUGGGUUGUCGCAGUGAAUUUACAAAGUCAGACAUUUUGGCCGAUGCCAAGCAAUUCUUUAUCUGCGACGGGGACAACUGUAAUGCAUAUGAGAAUCUUCCAGAAGCCAGAUUCUGUUUGGCGUGUGACUCCGCAACCGAUAUCAACUGUGCUGUGCAGCCCUCCAAGGUUACCGCGCUAAAGAGAUGCCAAAAUUAUCCUUACACAGAGUGCUACACCCGAAUUCUAGAUGAUGGCAAUACAGAACGUGGCUGUCUGUACAACUUGCCCCUCGAUGAUUUUGUUUCUUGCAACAAGGGAGAUGCAGACCCAAAGUGCAGGAUCUGCGCGAACGAUGAGUGUAAUAAAAAUAUCUUCCCGUCCAGCAGACAACAAUGCUUCCGAUGCGAUUCUUCGAGUGAUGUGAAAUGUGAGGGCAGUCCCGAUUUGAUACAGCCUUGUCCUAUUUUCCACGAAGAAGAUGCUUGCGUUACGCAAUGGUUUGAUGGCGUAACACGUCGUGAUUGCGCAUCUGAACUCACAUGCGAAGGUCUCGGGCGCAAAAACUGUCGCCAGUGCUCAGGCAACGCCUGCAACAACAUUAACUUGGCCAACGAAGACAUUGGCAAUGUGGGUGUAUUCACCGACCUGCCUUUGUCCUGCUAUCAUUGCAACGGCACCGAGGAAUGCCGGGAGUCGAAAGGUUACAUCUGGGUAUGUGCGGGCAACAAUGACCAAACUUGCAGUGUAGCCUUCGAUGCCGAUGGAAACGUUAUCCAACGUGGUUGCAGCGACCUUGUAGAUUCUGCUUGUGAAGGCGAUGACCACACCUGCUUUGAAUGCAAAUCCAACGGUUGCAACGUUGCCACAACUCAAGCUGAAUAUACAGAAUGUCUAUUUUGCGAUUCUCAGGAAGGUGAUGAUUGCGUAUUCAAUGCUGAUGUUAUCACCCGUACUCGAAAGUGUCACAAACAGUGUAUGACUGCUCUCUAUGCCCGUACCAAAGAUGAGAAUCCUGCCUAUGAGCUAAUGCGUACAUGCCUGGAUGAUAAGGAUUUGGACGACCGCGACGCCUGUGAUUCGGCAAAUGAUCCCAGUUGUACAGCCUGCACAGGAGACAAGUGCAAUAAAAACGAGGUCGGAACACGCAAAUCCUGUUACCAGUGCAAGGGUGAUGAAUGCCAAACCGCCGAACCAAAGACUUGCCGAGCCAUAAUGGACCAUGAUCAGUGUUUCGUGCAGUUUGAUGAGGCAGGCUCUAUUGUGGAGUUGGGUUGUAAGAGCAAAUACGAUCCUCCCGAAAUCGUGACCUUGGUAUCUGCCCAAUUCCUAUGGUUGUGCGAUGCGGACAAUUGCAAUCAUUUUGACAACUUGCCAAAAUCGCAGACAUGUAAAGUCUGCAAUUCCGUUUCGGAUGCCGCGUGUGCAACUAAUCCCGACGCAGUUAUGUCAUCUACAAAUUGUAAUUCGAUGCCCUACUCACAGUGCUACACACGUGUCCUUGCUAGUGGUCACACUGAACGUGGAUGCCUGUCCAACUUGGAAGACGAUCAAUUCUACAAUUGCCUCUAUAACAAGAACACUACUGAAUGUGUAUCUUGUGAGGGAGACAAUUGCAACGAAGAGGUUUACCCCGAAGGUCGAGUAACAUGCCAUGUUUGUUCCUCCGGCAACUCUGAAUCGUGCGAGACCAGUCCCGAUGCCUCUCAAGUGUGCCAGAAAUACGUUGCAGACGAUAUGUGUGUGACAACCAUAAAUGAAGAUGGCUUCACUGUACGAGGAUGCCACUCACAACUGACAUGUGACACCACAGAUCCUUCGAAUUGCAACAUAUGCAAAGGAAAUGACUGCAACGUUGCCAAUCUGAAGCGUAAAUCAGACGGAAAGCCUGGACAAUGGCAAGCGCUGCCCUUGACUUGCUUAAGUUGCACUAGUGCAGAGGAUUGUAAAUCCGAAAGUUCCCCACAAACCUGCACCGGCAAUGAAUACUGCAUGACUGUCUUUGAUUCUAAUGGAGACGUUGCCGCUCGAGGAUGCAGCAACACCGUGGAGGAACACCAUGGCUCAUCGUGCGACUUGAACCCGGAAAGUUGCUUUAAUUGCAAUUCGAACAUGUGCAACUCUGCCACCAGCCUAAAUGAAUACAAUGACUGCAUCUACUGUGAUUCCGAAACAAGCACUGACUGUGCGUUUAGCCCCACUGCUGUAGGAAGACGACGCAAAUGUAACGGUAGCUGCAUGACAGCCCUUUAUCCAUUGGCCAACAGCUCUGCCUUUGGAGUUGUACGUUCUUGUUUAGAUGACAAAGACGAAGCCGAUCAGAAAACUUGUGAGUCAGAGUCCAACGCCGAAUGCAAAGCCUGUUCCGGCCCUGCCUGCAACGUAGCGAUACUGCCUGAAGACCGUCUAUCUUGCUACUCAUGCACUGGUGAAUCUUGCGCCGAACCUGAGCCCUCACAAUGUCAAAACUACAAACCUGACGACCAGUGUUUCAUAUUAUUCGAUGACAGAAGCGACGUUGUGCACAUGGGUUGCGUCAGUGAUCUCGAAGAUUCAUUUGUGUCGAGCAACAUUCAUCGUCUCUAUAUGUGCAAAUCGGGCAAUAACUGCAACGGUUUCGACAAUAUGCCGAAACCAACAAUGUGCGCUGUAUGCGAUUCCAACGAGGAUCCCGACUGUGCGUCCUUGCCGCAAAACGUACCCUCGGUCACUCAAUGUACUACCUUGCCAAACACUCAAUGCUAUACGAGAGUCAACAAAGACGGUUCGACCCAACGCGGUUGUGUCAACAGUUUAACAAAAGCCCAAAUGAUAGCUUGUAUAGACGGAACAAAUCCCGAUUGUAAUACAUGUGAAGGCGACAGAUGUAAUAUAGAGAUAUUCCCUGCCGAUCGUCGCCGUUGCCAGCGUUGCAACACCAAAGAUGAUCCCAGCUGUGAGUCUUCCCCAGAUGCUGCAUCUGUUUGUCCCUUAUACGAGGCUGAUCAAUUCUGCGCCGCAAAACUUGUAAACGGGCACACCUAUCGCGGAUGCAGUACCGAAUUCCAAUGUGAUGAUUCCGAUAAGCAAUACUGUCGUCAGUGCUACGAUUCUGACAAUUGUAACGUGGUCGAUUUGGCUAGCAGCAACAUAGGUUAUCCAGGCAAAUGGCAGGGAGUUCCCAUUAACUGCUAUAGCUGUCAUGGCGUUGAGUGUCAGAGCUCUAGUCCUGGAAUCAUCGGAAAAUGCGAAAAUAACAACGAACAAAACUGUGGCACUGUAUUCGCAUCCAACGGCAGUGUUGUGGCUCGAGGCUGUUCCGACAGUAUUUACAACGGCGACUACCUUAGCUACUGCGAUGAGAAUCCCUCCUACUGCAAGUUCUGCAAAUCUAGUGGCUGUAAUACGGCCACCAGCUUAAAUGAUUAUCAUGACUGUCUGUUCUGUGAUGGCACUGAGGAUGAAGAUUGCAUCUUCCAACCCAAUAGUAUUAAACGCACGCGCACAUGCCACAAGGGAUGUAUGGCUGGAUUGUAUCCACGCUCCAAUGAAGUGAACCCGGCCUAUGAGCUGGCCAGAGGCUGUUUGGAUGAUCUUGAUUUAGAUGAUCGCGAAGAAUGUGUGGCUGGCACCAAACCAUACUGUCAGGCUUGCGACGACGAGUCAUGUAAUACAUUCAAAAUUCCCGAAACCCGCCGAAAGUGUCAUGUUUGCAGUGGUGGCGAUUGUGAGGAUCCCGAGAGCGCAGAAUGCACUUCAUUCCGUGAAAAUGAUCAAUGUUACACAUUAUUCGCUGAUGAAAACGAUGUGAGAAGUAUGGGAUGCGCCAGCGAUUUGGACAAUUCUUUCUUGACAGAAAACCGCCGUCAACUGCUACUUUGCGAGGGCGAUAAUUGCAACAGCUUUGAUAACUUGCCCCCACUCAUCUCGUGCCGUUGGUGUAAUUCGACAAUGGAUCCGGAAUGUGCAUCGAGUCCUACCAACGUUGUCGCUACUGUUUGCCAUCUUUACCCCAACACCGAGUGUUUCACAAGGAUCGAUGAAAACGGAGUUACCCAUCGUGGCUGUUUAGCCGAUGUCGAUGAUGAUCUAUUCGACGAUUGCACUAGUGGCAAUAACACUAGUACCUGCGAAAUUUGUUCGAGUAACGACUGCAAUAAUAAAAUAUUCCCCGAAGGUCGUCGCAGUUGCAUUCAGUGCGACUCUGCCCAGUUCUCAGCUUGCGAGGAUAAUGCCAGCCAAUUCGCCCAAAUCUGUGGCCUCUAUAUGGAGAACGACAGCUGUGUCACCAAGUUGGAAGGGGAACGCACCAUACGUGGAUGUGCCUCGGAAGUCACCUGCGACACCAGCAACCGCGACACUUGCAGAGUAUGCAGUAAUCUUGACAACUGCAACACAGUUGAUUUAGUGAACUCAUACAUAGGUGAACCAGGAAAAUGGCAAGGACUUCCCCUCAACUGUUACCAUUGUGAGGGAGAAGAAUGUGAAACUGGCAAUGGUUUACUGAAUGUGUGCCAAGGCAAUAACUUGCAAACGUGUACCACAGUGUUCGGAGUCAAUGGUGUGGUCGAGAAACGCGGUUGCAGUGAUGCCGUUAGCUCUUCGCACAAUGACUACUGCGAUCAGUACUCAGACCGUUGCUUGCAAUGCAAAUCGAAUGGUUGCAACACAGCCAAAAGCUUGGACGACUACAAUGACUGUUAUUUCUGCGACUCGGCCAAUAACCCAAAGUGCGCAGUUGGUUUUGAUACUGCAACUAGGACACGCAAAUGUCAUGGAGACUGCAUGGUAGCAUUGUAUCCUCGCAACAGUGGAAAUGAUCCUGCCUACGAACUCACCCGCACCUGCUUGGAUGAUAUGGACAUUGAUGAACGUGAAUUGUGUGCUUUCGGCGAGAAUGAAUACUGUCAGUCGUGCACAGGAUCACGUUGCAAUACCAUGAAUGUGCCCGAGGUUCGCUUCGAAUGCUUCAAGUGUUUGGACGAUGACUGCGAAGAUAUGGAACUUAGAGAAUGCAGUGCGCACCACGCAAACGACCAAUGUUAUGCACUCUACAACAACGAGAGUUCCAUCAUUGCCAUGGGUUGUCGCAGCGAACUUGAAAUGGAUUCCGUGCUCGAGCUGGUCAAACAGAAGCAAAUGAUAUUGUGCAACGAGAAGGGAUGCAAUUCUCCGGACUCACUUCCUACCCCCAAGUCCUGUUCGGUUUGUAAUUCGGAAGAAAACGCCUUGUGUGCCACAAAUCCUAACCUUGUUGCCAAUGCAGACCGUUGUUCCUCGCUACCUUACACGGAAUGUUUCACACGCAUCAAUGGCUAUGGACACACUGAGCGAGGUUGUCUGGGAUCAUUGGAUAGCGACCCCUUCUAUGGCUGCCUCAUGGGCAUUGAUGGUCUCUGUGAAACUUGUGUGGGCGACAAAUGCAACGAAAUCGAUGUCUAUCCUGCGAAUCGCAGAUCAUGCCAUCAGUGUAACUCUCUUUCAGACCCAAGCUGUGCAGCAAGCCCCAACAACAACAAAGUGUGUACGCUCUACGACCCAGAGGAUAAGUGUGUAACCAACUACCGCAACGGUGUCACCUCUCGAGGGUGUUCGUCAAGCAUGACCUGUGACGAUGUUAACGAUGCUCGUACUUGCCGCAUCUGCGAUACCAAUGGCUGUAACACUGUAAACUUGGAAAAAACCAAUGAGAACGGUGAGCCAGGAAGAUGGCAAGACGUUCCCAUUACUUGCUACACUUGCAAGGGCGAAGAGGACUGUCAGAGUAAAGGUGAUUUGCGAGUCUGUGUGAACAACCCCUAUCAGAACUGCAUGACCGUAUUUAACACCGAUGGCAUAGUCAUUCAAAGGGGCUGCAGUGAUACUGCGGCGGCAGAUAACGAGGUCCACUGUGAAGAAAAUCCAGAUAAAUGCAUGGCUUGCAAUUCGAAUGGCUGCAAUCUUGCCACCAGUUUGGAUGACUAUGUUGAAUGUGUGGCAUGUGAGUCUGAUUUGAAUGGAGAUUGCAUAAGCAAUCCGGCAAGCAUUGAAAAGACACGCAAAUGCUACAAAAACUGCAUGACAGCUUUGUAUCCCUUGUUCAAGGAGGAAAAUCCUUCGUAUGGCUUGACCAGAUCUUGUUACGAUGAUAUGGACUUGGAUGAUCGCGACAGCUGUGCUGCCGGCGAAAAGGAGCACUGCCAAACCUGUUCGACCGACAAAUGUAAUACCGUUGAAAUGCCAAGUGAACGUCUCAGUUGCUAUAUAUGCGAAGGCGACUCGUGCCAAGACCCACAAAGCCACCAAUGUCCCACCUAUCGUCCAAAUGAUAAAUGUUACGUACGCUUUGACGAGAAGCAGUCUAUUGUAGCCCUUGGUUGUCGCAGUCAGUUUAGCAACGAGGAAGCCGACUACUUGCUGAAACAAAAGCGCCUUCAUCUGUGCGACAGCGAAAACUGCAACGACUUCGAUAGUUUACCCCCAGCUCAAAUCUGUACUUUGUGUAACUCUCGCACUGACGAGAAUUGUGCUGUGGAUCCUGCAGCGAUUACAGGCCAGACCAACUGUGCUGUUAUGCCGUUUACGCAAUGUUAUUCGCGCGUACUAUCGGAUGGCGCCACCGAACGUGGCUGCCUUUCCAACCUGUAUGAUGACGAAUUCCUGAGCUGCUUGGAUGGCUCCUCUUCGACGUGUAAAUCGUGCAAGGGCAAUAAUUGCAAUAAGGAACUCUUCCCAGAAGAUCGUCUAAAGUGUCACAUUUGCGACUCCUCGGUCGAUGAGAACUGUGAGAGUGCCCCCAACAGCCUAGCUAUCUGUCCAUUAUACGAAGCUGCAGAUACUUGUGUCACUACAUUCCGCAAUGACGUCACUUAUCGUGGCUGCAGUUCCAGUUUGGUCUGCGAUGCCUCAAAUCCACGAAAAUGCGCCAAAUGCUCUGGAGAAGGCUGCAAUACCGUCAACUUGGCCAGGAAACAGGACGAUAACUUUGGCAAAUGGCAAGAUCUCCCCCUCACCUGCCUUAGCUGUACAGGCUCCGAAUGUGAGUCGAUGGAAACUACAGGUUCUCACAGUUGCGAUCUAAAUUACGAACAGGACUGCAUGACCGUCUUCGGUGCCAACGGCCAAGUCAUACGCCGCGGAUGUACCGAUGAGGUUGAGAUGGAUCACGGCACCUACUGCGAUUCUAACGAGGGCAAUUGCUUCAAUUGCAAGUCCAAUGAGUGUAAUUCAGCUGUCUCCAAGUCCGAGUAUACUGAAUGCGUAUACUGCGAUUCCAAUAAGAACUUGGAUUGUCUGUGGAGUCCUUCGAGUUCCUCACACAAAACGCGUCAAUGCCAGGGAGGUUGCAUGACAGCCCUCUAUCCCUCGGACAGUUCGGCCAACCCAGCCUAUGACUUGAUUCGCACCUGUCUAAAUGACAAAGAAGAUGCCCAACAAACCACAUGCUCCGACGGCAGAGAUAGAAACUGUAAAGCUUGCACCGAUGACAAAUGCAAUGUGGACAAUGUGCCCGAGGACCGCCUUACUUGCUACACAUGUGAAGGAGAGGGCUGCGAAGAUCCCGAACCAAAGGCUUGUCCUCUUCACAAGGAACCCGAUCAGUGCUACAUUCGAUUUGACAAUACAAAUAGCGUGUCAGAAAUGGGCUGUGUUAGCUCGUUCCGCAAUCAAGCUUUGGAAACUAUUAUAAAAACUAAGAGAAUUUCAGUUUGCUCUGGGGCCAACUGUAAUUCACUGAACUCCAUACCGACUGCGCAACGAUGCGCUGCUUGCUCCUCAUCCGACGAUGUGGCCUGCGCCGUAAAUCCCAUUGAUAUAGGUUCGUUCAACACCUGCAACAUGCUACCUUAUACUGGCUGCUUCAGCAAGAUAACCGAGAAUGGUCAAACAGAAAGAGGCUGCCUAACCGACUUGCCAGAGGAUGAAUUUGCACCUUGCGUUCUGGGAGAUAGUGAACAAUGUACAGCUUGUACUGGAAAUGGUUGCAACCGAGAGAUAUACCCCGCUGACCGUCAACAAUGUUUCACAUGCUCAUCGGAUGAAGAACCGAAUUGCGAAUCGUAUCCUGUAUCAAAAAUGGCAUGUCCCAUAGUAAGUGAGCAGGAAUCUUGUAUAACAGCUCUAAGCGGAAACGUUACCAUACGUGGUUGCAAGAGCGACCUCUACUGCGAUACCGGCGACAGUUCCACUUGUCGAUCAUGCUUUGGUACUGAGUGUAACUCCAUCGAUCUCUACAAUAAGGUUGACGAUGGGUAUCACGGCAUGUGGCAGCCACUGCCCCUUCAAUGUCACACUUGCGAAGGCGAACAUUGCCUGCACUCUUUGGGACCUGCGGUAACUUGUUCUAGCCGUAACAUCAAUCAAGACUGCAUGACCGUCUUCAAGACAAACGGAGAAGUGGAUCGUCGUGGUUGCUCCGAUGAUGUUGAAGAUUACAGAGACUUGUACUGUCGCCAAAAUCCCGAGCUUUGCUUCAGAUGCAAAUCGAACGAAUGCAAUAUCGCCUGGAGUGUAUCCGAAUACGUCGAGUGUGCUUUCUGCGAUUCUACCAAAGAUGCUUCGUGUACCAUAAACCCCACUAACAGCGACUUUGCGUCACGCAAAUGUUAUAAGCAAUGUAUGGUUGCCUUGAAUGGCCAGCAUCUGGUUCGCUCCUGUUUGGAUGACAAAGAAAUGCGUGCCCAACCGUUGUGUAAGGAAGGCGACGACUGUGCCAUGUGCGACAACAACAAUUGCAAUAAGUUCGUUUUCCCCACCAAUCGCCUCAAGUGUCACGUCUGCGAAGGAGCCACUUGCUCCAACAGCUAUGGCGAAUAUUGCUACCUCUACAGCAGUGACGACUACUGUUUUGCUAAGUUCGAAAAUGGUCAUGUUGAUUUGCUGGGCUGCGCCUCCUCGCAAAACGCCAGCGACAUUGCCGAAUGGACAGAACAGAAGAAACUUUACAAAUGCGAGGGCUCCGAUUGCAAUGAGCUAUCGCGCCUACCUUCAAUUCCCGAAUGCUUAGCCUGUGACUCUAACAAGACCCCCAACUGUAGUCAGAAUCCUUCAAAGGUCACGGUAACCGAAACGUGUAGCACACCCAAUGACCAGUGUGUGACUCAUAUCAAUUCUGAGGGACACACCAUAAGAGGUUGUCUUACCAAUUUCGAGGGUUCACAAACGUGCAUUGGCGCCGGCACCUGUGCCGUUUGCUCUGGAUCUAAGUGCAAUAACGAGGUCUUCCCUGCCAAUCGCCGUUCGUGUCAUAUCUGUAAUUCUGUAGCCGACAAGGACUGUGCUGCAAGUCCGAAUAGCCCUCACAUCUGUCCCAUUUAUGUUGAGAAUGAUAGCUGUGUGGCAUCGCGUGGCAAUGACGGUGUCGUCACUCGUGGCUGUGCCUCUCAAGUGACAUGCGAUUCUGACGACAAGAACAGCUGCGAACGUUGCAACCAGGACAAUUGUAACACUGCCGAUCUGUCAGGUGCUGCAACUAUUGGAACCAGCAGUCUAAUUUUGGCCAUAUUCUUAGCCUUUGCAUCAAUGAUGCUAAUAAAGUAAAUACGCUUUAGCCCCUAAAGCUAUGUUGUACUAAACAUUAGCCACACAGCAUUGCUAGAAAUCUAGAUAAAUCUUGUUAACUUAUCCAAUAAGUCAUAGUAUAUAGUCAGUCAUUCAUCAAAAGUUGUUACAAUAACACCUGAAAAAGCAUUUUUGCAUACACAUACAUAUAAACAAUAAAUUCAUAAAUUCAUUUCU